AUGCGAUCCCAGACCACAGCCUUCGCCCUCGCCGGCCUCCAUCUCGGAGCGGUCCUCGGCGCCGGCCCUGUCCGCCCCGUCAUCCGAGCAGACACCAACCGCGAUGGCAUUCUCACCGAGGCCGACGAUGCCGACAAGGCACUCUGGACGCCGGCCCGCGGCGCCAUCUUCCUCCCCAACGUCGGCGACGCCCACGGGCGGUGCGCUAACACCGACCUCCGCGGCAACCCGCUGAGCAACCACGAGCUGGCGGCGUGCCACGACGCGUCGGGCCACCUGCUCCUCGAGCCGUCCCUCGUCGCCCCGCUGGCGACUCUCCCCGUCGACGUGGCCGACGAUGCGUUUGCGUACGUCUACGCAACGCCGGACGCCGCGGCCGAUAGGGUCCGGUUAUUCGUCAACGACUACCCGGACCGCGCCGACGAGACGGCCGCGUGGCGGUUCGUCGACCCGGAGUUCCGCUUCAACGCGACGCAGCUGCGCGCGGGCAUCGCCCUGGGCAUUGACGGGCGGGAGUUCGUGACAGACGCCUCCGCCUGGGACGGCGUCGUCAGGGUGCGUUUCGACCUGUACGCCAACGGUACCGUCCUCUCGGACGCCGUGGAGCUGAGGGUCGCGCCCGUCCUCACGCACCACCACCUCCAGCGCGUCGACGAGCUCGUCACCGUCGCGGCCAACGAGUCGGACCCCGUGCAGCUCGCGUUCGUCGAGGGGCUGGAUCGGGCGCGCCGGGACGCCGGCCUCGCGGCGCCGCUGUACCUGUUCAACCAGAGCAGCGACAUCUGGGCGCAGGACUUCUUCGAGCCGGCGUACGCGAGCAUGCCGGGCCCGGACGGCGGCGUCGUGGCGGUGCGGAUCAUGCUCCGGUCGGCGCAGUCGACGCGGACGGGCGGCCGGCAGGUGUUUGAGCAGCUCCGGGGCAAGGGUGUCGGCGGGUUCCAGCCGGCAGAUGGGAGGAGGCGCGGGUUCGGGCACCGGGAGAUCAACUCGUUCGGCAACGUCGAGACGAUCCCGCCGUAUACGUCCAAGAGCGGGAUCAAGUACCCUGCCGGGCGCAUCAUCCAGGGCAAGCACUUUGGCGAGUCUCCCGCUGAGACCAUGACGGCGUUCCUCGAGGGCCAGCAAGUGCAGACGCCGCUGAUGCUCGAGGCCGGCUGGCUAUUCAUCGGCCACGUGGACGAGUUUGUGCAGUUCUUGCCCUCGAACGAGACGGGGCUGGGCUUUACCAUCGCCAUUGCCGAUACCGUCUCCGCGCUGGAGGUGUUCCGGAACGUUUCCGAGGCUGGAAAGGGCGGCGUCCGCGCCAUCUCUUUUGACGGGAACGUCGGGGACGUCUUCACCCUCACCCCCGACGAGCUUGAGACGACCGUCGACGAGAUUCUCGCUAACGAGACGUUCCGCGCCGUCAACGCCUACGCGCAGAAGCACAUCGACGCGAAUCUCGAGACGCUCCUCGCCGAGAUCCCGCUGGCGCGCGAGCACGUCGUCCGCGUGCCCGUGCUGUUCAAGGACGCCAACUUCCCCUCCGGCCUCUUCGCCCGCUCUCCGGACGGCCUCCCGCCGCACACGAACACGGUAAUGCGGGACGAGCGGCUCCUGCUGGCGUUCAGCCCCGCCGCCAUCAACGCCAUCGUAAUCGGGGGCCACUACCUCAGCCCCAAGCCGUGGGGCCCCGUGGUGGACGGUGUGGAUCUGCUGGAGGGCGCCGUCAAAGCGGCGUACGGCGCGGCGGGGAUGGCUGUAAGUUUCGUGGACGAUUUCCUUUCGCAUCACGUCGGCGGCGGGGAGAUUCAUUGCGGGUCGAACACGCUGAGGGAGACGGACGUGAAGUGGUGGGAGUGA